AUGUUGAAUUAUAAACGAAAGGUUGCAACUGUCUGUCUGCAGAACAUGGCAACAUAUUUAAUAAUGGAAAUUUCCAAGGGUUUCAUGUUUAUAAAAGUCAGACUAUCUAUGACUAUCUAUCUAUUUAAGACUUCAACGAGUUUUCUAGAAGCACUUAAUAAUCAUUGCAAGGUGAUAUUUGAUAACGAACGUAGCAACAGCAUGAAAAUUAGAGUGGACAGUUCAGACAGACACAAUUCUGCAAUGAAAAUACAAAAACAAAAACAAGCCGAAAAUCUAUUACGAACCGCAACCGAACAUAAUCUGACGAAAUUACAAGUCAAAUUGCACGUGCUCCUUUAUUUUUUAGCAAAGAAAAGUUCUGUAUUGGAACUCAAGGUCUUGAAAGUAUAA